AUGAAGUACAAUUUGUCUUUCGUCGCUUUCAUGGCCCUCGGCUUUGCCGCAGCAGAAGGCAUUCGGGGCGAAGCUCGCAUUGAGAAGAAGAGGUCAGAUUCAGAUCUAUAUUCCGUUCCCGUCCCCGACUCAGUGCACAUAGAGUCCUACCCUGCGGUCCCACCGCCUGUAGAGCCUACCGACAUCAGCUCCGACGACUCGUGCUCCACGGCCCUCACCACAAUCACGACUACGCGGACCGUCUCUGUCAUCACGCAAAUUCCUUCCAGCCUCGCUAGUGUCACCGGUACCGCCGACCUAAGCUCCUCCGUGCCUUCUCAGUCAGCACCUUCGACUACCAUCGAGCGGUACGACAACGGAUUUCGUUCCCGCUCCGAGCAGUGUUGCUUCUGA